AUGGUUGCUCCUCCGCUUGGAGAAUUCAAAGUGGGCUGGAUAUGUGCCACAUCUGUUGGUGCAGCUGUCGCGAGAAUAAUGCUGGAUGAGAUUUUUGGGUUCCUCGACGAACAAGACUCGACCGACAUAAACCAGUAUGUGUUAGGCCGUAUUGACAAACACUACGUCGUGAUCGCCUCAGUCCCCGAUAGAAAUGAACCGACAUCAGCCUCUAUCGUUGUGGCAAACAUGUUGCGUACAUUUUCGAGCUCUCUGAGAAUUGGACUGAUCGUAGGAGUUGGAGGUGGCAUCCCAUCUGAAAAAAGUGAUAUCCGACUUGGUGAUAUUGUGGUCGGCAGCCCCCAAGAGAACUCAAGCGGCGUCGUUCAAUAUCAAAUGAAAGAAGUCGACGAGCGUCGCGAACUUGCUCAAACAGGAUCCUUGUAUAGUACCCCAAGACCGCUAUUGAAUGCAAUAACCAACAUGAGAACUACCUGGAUCACCGACUUCGAGGAAUACCCAGAAUACCUCAAGGCUGCAACUGAAAGGAAUGGCAGAACACGAAAGCGUUUCGGUCGGCCGGACUCCAGUGAUCGGCUAUUUAAAACAGAGUAUCAACACUCUCUUACUGAAAAGACGUGUGACAGAUGUCUCCCAGAAUGGGAGGUGAUCCGGGAUGAGCGCGAGGACACGGUUCCAAAGAUACACUUUGGGGUCAUAGCAUCCGGGAAUCCAGCAAUGAAAGAUGAUGCAACCAGGGAUGUACUCCAGAAAGAGACAGAUGCCUUGUGCUUUGAAACGGAGGCUGCUGGUCUACUGGAGGGCUUUCCUUGCAUUGUCAUUCGCGGAAUCUGCGACUACUGCGACUCCCACAAGAAUGAGGAAUGGCAAGAUUACGCUGCAUUGGCUGCAGCAUCUUAUGCCAAAGAGGUUCUUAAAUAUGUGUCUCAAGUCCAAAUCUCAAAGGAGAAAUUGGUUGUAGAUAUUAUUCCAACCCAAUUUUAG